AUGCCAAGUGGCCUCCAGUUUGGAGGCCCAGAGCUCAGCAGAGAACCCUGGACCCCUGUGCAGAACCCAACGGAGCAGCUGGGUCCAGCCAGGUACCCCAACGCUCUGCAGUGCGUGAACAUCCGCGUCACCUCUCGUCAGCAAUGCCAGCAGGCCUACCCCGGCGCCAUCACCGCCGGCAUGGUCUGUGCGGGAAUCCCGGAAGGCGGGAAGGACUCCUGUCAGGGAGACUCCGGAGGACCCCUGGUGUGCAACGGGAAACUCCAGGGCCUGGUGUCCUGGGGGAUGGAGCGCUGUGCCCUGCCUGGCUACCCCGGAGUCUACACCAACCUCUGCCAGUACUACGACUGGAUCCAGCAAACCAUUCUGAGCGCGUGAUCACCAGUGUGAGGGAAUAUUGAUGCCCACCUGCUGCCCACACCUGCUCUCUCCACUCAAGACCAGUGGCUCCUCUCGCAGCCCCAGGAGCCCAGGCCCCC